AUGUCACAAAAACGACCCGGGAACGCCGCCAAUUUCGAUCACACGCCACCGCCGUCUCCGAUAUCAUACAAUGUCGAGAUGCAGGAAGCAAACAGCGACGCUAGAUCUGUUUCCCACAUGAAUCUCGAGGGGAUUAACGACGAGAUUGUAGAAGCUACCAUUGCCCAACUGCAAGUCACCUGUAAUCGCCCUCAUCUGGUGCGAGAGCUGGCCACUGCAUUGUCGCAGCAGAUUCCCAUCGUCAAGAACUCCGCAAACCCCUGCGCCAUUGUUUCCUCCCGCCUCUCCGCUUACCUGAAGCGCUCUUGUUGGAGCGCGCGGACACCCUGCCCGAUGGCCAAGGAGCUCGAAAAGAUACACCCGCGGCGGACCUAUUUCUACCUCACAACUCGUCCAAGACAGCCCUUCCCAGACUCGCCAGCCUUCGCUCAGCGCGCCGUCAUUUCUCCAUCUCUAUCUAGUAUUGCAUCUGGAUCUGACGAUGUAGACGACAUCGACCUCCGCCGGAGGGAUUUAAGUCCGUCCCCCGAGGUCGAUCUUUCCUCUCCCGAAUUCGAUGACGGUGACGAAGACUUUGCCAUGCCCACUACACCCGUUGGAUCACUACCGAAUAGUCUACGGUACUCGAGAAGCCAACGGAGCGCCUCUCCGCCCUUGGAGAAGGAUGAACGAGAGUUUACUCAAACGGCCGACGGUCUGCAGAAACGCAAGCUAGCUCGUGAAUUCUCUUCGAUGGGUAAUGCCGAACAGCCUGCCAAUGCCUACGAAUCGGCACGGGAUGAUGGUAUGUUCGACGAGAAAAACAGCGUGGCCGUCAACAUCGGAUUGGUGUCUAUGCACCAAUUCAUUACAAGCCCAGCCAUCAAGCCAAUCGUCCCGACGAGUGCUAAAAAAGAAACUGAAGGCGACAGCUGGUUCAAGCUGGGGAGCCUUCUAGAGUGGGAUUAUAGCCCCGAAAGCAUUGAACUCGACGAGCUUGACUGUUUGCUGGACUCUUGUUAA